AUGUCGGAGGUGCGGGUGGCUGCCGCCGGCUCCUCCUUCGAGCCCCCCGCGGCUGGGGAGCCGGGAGGCCGCCGCUGCUCCGUGUCCGACGGGGACGCGCAGGGCCGCCGCUCACCUCCUGCGACUCCAGAGAAUGAAGAUUCAGCCCCAAAACCAGAAUCUGCAUCCCAGACAGUCGCCUCAUCAGUGUCUGAGGCCUCACAGUGCAGGCCGCAGAUUGGAUCACCUGUGAAUGUGCAUGCUGCAGAGGAUUCUAGAAAAGGCGAUGGUACAUCAGAGGACCAGGAUGUGGCCGGACAAGGAGAGAAGCUGGCUGACCAGAUCCAGACCCCCAGGGAGGAGGCCGUAGUGCGGAUGACCAAGUACCGUGCCCCACAAGGACCAGGGGAUAUAGUCAUGAUACAGUCGGAACACACAGGUGCAGUGGAUGUCCUCUCUGCAGAGCUGGAGACUGCGGACCUCCUUGGUGAGCAGAGAAAAGCUCAGCCUCCUCCUCUGGCUCCAGCCUCCACUUGGACCACUUGCAAGAUAAGGGAAUUCAAAGCCAAAAUGGGAAAGGAGAAGAAUGCUCGGAUGGUGGUGAAACGGGGUGAAGUAGUGACAGUCCGGGUGCCAACACACCCAAAUGGGAAGCGUGUUUGCUGGGAGUUUGCUACGGAUGAUUAUGACAUUGGCUUUGGGGUCUAUUUUGACUGGACUUCUGUCACCAGUACUGCCAUUACUGUGCAAGUCAGUGAAUCAAGUGAUGAGGAAGAUGAAGAGGAAGAAGAUGAGAUCGAAGGACUCACCCCCGUUGGAGAUGUGGAGAGGGGCUCUAAAAGCUAUCUACGAAACCGCUAUGGGGAGAUCAUGCCUGUGUACCGAAGGGACAGUCACCGGGAUGUGCAGGCAGGCAGCCAUGACUACCCGGGCGAGGGCAUCUACCUGCUCAAAUUUGACAACUCCUACUCCCUCCUGCGCAACAAGACUCUCUUCUUUCAUGUCUAUUACACCAGCUGA